UACGCUUUGACUGUAUGUGACUGUGACGCACGUCACAAUGAACUUUCAUUUUAACUUUUUUUGUUGAUGGGAAUGAAAAACCUUUGAAGUGAACAUGGGUUGUUGUUUUUCCUCUCGCGGUGAAGACGGAGAGAGAGAACCUAUAGUUCCCAAAAACCAAAAUCAACCGGAAUCUGCAAGAAGUCGUCCCACUGCUAAUGACACAAGGCAGAAGACAGGCAGCUUUUCUGCCCGGCAUGUUGACGUUCCCGACCUUGACCUGCGAUUCAAGGAUGUUUCCGAAACAUUUAACAAACAGCAGGAGAACUAUAAACAAAUGAAGGAAAUGCUCCAGUGCAUCUCGCGUCGCUACCAGUUAUCCACUAAUGACAGUUUGUCACAAUGCCUGAAGAAAAUAAAAGAGGAACAUGAUGAACCAUAUAUCGGUCUGGAGGUUAAAGGAUAUGACUUCACUCUGGUGGUGAGAUCAGAGGCUGAAAUUCCAGACAAACUGAAGCGGACGCAGGAGGACUUCACAGAGCUGAGCAAAGCUGCCAAGGGUGUCAUGUCUGUGGGCACUAAACUCCAAGAAAUGAUUGAUUCGCUUCUCCAGGCUGAAGAAGGCAUCACCAGACAGGUCGAAGAAGCUCAACCCAUUUACCAGGAACGCAAAAGGUUGGUAGACAACCUGAAGGAAAACCUCAGAGAGGCAAAAAGAGCUAAAGAACUGAGUCCAAAGUACAGGAACGAGGCUGGAGAUCUUCUAAAGGAGGUGGCGAAGUUGUCUGGUAUCACCCCAUGAAAUAAGACACUGUAUUCCAGAGAUUCAUACAGUAUAUCAUAUUUGAAUAUGAUAUCAUAAUAUUAUAUACUUUGUGGUUUUAUGGUACAACAGAGUACAGUAAAGUAAUUUUUCACUUCCAGGUAGAGAAAUUGCAGUAUUGAAAGGAGCAAAUUUUGUAAAUACUGUGUGUAGUUGGAUCUGUCAGGACGCGCAGAUGAACAGAGCGAUGUUUUUAAAGCAACACAAAGACAUUUAUACUUUUAGGAGGAAUCAUCCCAUGAAUUUUGUUCAUAGUAUUACAACAUUGUAUUGCAUGGAUUAUGGAAUAUCUUCUCAUAAGAACUUCUACUAAACACUCAAAUAUAACAUACUGUCCUAAGAAACUGAAAACAAACAACUACAUAACUAUAUUUGAUCUUUUGAUUUUUCUGAAGUACUGUUGUGUAAUUGAUAUGAAAGUGUAUUAACUGCUGUUUUUCUACUAAAAGCACUUAUGUAUUAAAAUUAGCACAUUAGUGAUUUGCUGUGUGAAUAUGAGUAGCCUAUAUGAAUAUUGACAUAUGACACACAUUAGAUCAAUUACAUUUAUUUUACAUUGAAGAGAGUAGUCGACAUUUAAUGAUAUUUAGAUUGUAAAGCAUGCUUCAAAAUGUAUAAUAGACUGCUUAGAAAAUGUAUUUAGGAAUAUGUACCUUAUAGUAAUAUUGUUUUUUAUACAUCCUUGCUGAAAGAAUAACAAUACAAUUUUAAUUGGUUUUCAUUAGAAAUACCAUUAUGACCUAUCAAUCGUUUGCCAUUAAAGCCAUUACAAAAUUCCUUUAUGAAGUGUGUUUUGGCCAGAAGGUGUAGCUUAAUGUUUUGUUGGAUGCCAUCCACCAAAUAACAUCCCACUAACAGAACCUCUCUAUCAUAACCAUUAUAAAUAGUAUAUCUAGGAAUUUAUGUCAUUUAUCUUUCUUUUUCUGCAGUGAUGUACAGUGACAUGAGCAUGUAAAUGCCAUCUUCAACUAUCAUUGUACUAUGUACCACUACCACCGCAUUUCUCUUCUUUUUAUGCUUUCUUCAUUCCAGUACGUCACGUUUUCGUUUGAUAUAAAUGUUAUACAACAUUUAAAAUAGACUACAAUUUAACUAUUGCUAGUUCAGAGGUGGGUAGAGUAGCCAAAAAUUGUACUCAAGUAAAAGUACUGUUACUUCAGAAUAAUAUGACUCAAGUAAAAGUAAAAAGUAGUCAUCCAAAUAAUUACUUGAGUAAGAGUAAAAAAGUGCUUGGUUAAAAAACUACUCAAGUACUGAGUAACUGUCGAGUAACGUCUGAUUUUUUUUUUAACAAGCAUUCAAUCAGACAGACAAAAAUACAAAAUAAUAAUAAUGUUUAAGCAAAUUAUAGUUCAUCAAAUCAAUAAAAUACAUUAAAAUAAAUUUAUGAAUUAAUUACAAAAUAGCUUAAAUUAAAAUUAUCCAGGUAAAUUCAAGUACUUAAAAAAUAAAAAAAAAUAAAAUAAUAAAAAAAAAAUAAACACAAGUAAACACAAAUUUCCAAACCUUAAUACUUUUUUACCAGGCUUGCAGACAGAACUAGAACAAGGCAGCCCAUAAACUCUCAUAAAAUGUGUGUGUGUGAGAGAGAGAUAGAGUAUGUGUGACUUCAACACUUUGCAGUUUGAAUGAUGUCCUGCAUAAACAAAAUGAUGGAAAAUAAGUAAAGUAAACACUUUGUGACUUUUCGAUCGAGCCCUCGCCAUUCUUUCUCUCUCACACAACAUACUAAAGCAUUGCAAUGCAAACGCAGCCUGCUUCAGAGCUAAGGCGGGACUACAGAUUAAAUGUCCCUAAAGAACCCACGUUAUUUUUAUACCGUGUAAGUUAUUCUCUGUGUAAGUUAAAUAUAUGCACCGAACCGUGACGCCCAUACCAUUUCGGUUCAAUACAAAUACACGUACCGUUCCACACAUAAUAUAUAUAGGAAAUGUUUAAAACAUAUGUAACUUUAAAGACAAACAUUCGUCUAUCCACAGCAAAAAAAAAACGAUUUUAGAACACUUAGCGCUACAUGUUUCCUCAAGUUAGAUGUUGAGUUGUUGAAUGCUGAAAUGUCCGUUUGUUUUGGGAGACACAGAAGACACCGCAUAAUGUAGCUGCUGUUUCGCACUUUUACUAAGGUAAACAUGCUUUCAAUAUGAGGCCAGGGGUGUUCCUCCUCGCCUGUGUCUGCAUUGCCGAUGGUUGAUUGUGAUAUUUUUGUUUUGCUACGACUGUAAACUAACCCGUCCCGCCGAACGCCGCUGAGAUUGAGUAUGGUCACGUGACGAGACUGCGCAACUACGUUUGAUUGGUGAAACACAGUCACAUGGUAGAGCCAUUGGCAGAAGUCUCACUCUCUGUCAAAAUAAAACAAUGACGCGUAGAAUAUCAAAGAGGUCAAAAGAAAAGUAACGAGCUUAUUGUAGCCUAAUGUAGCGGAGUAAGAGUACAGUUU